AUGCAUUUAAUGGCAGGCCCUGCAAGUAGGCGCAGUCUGGGACUCCUAGGCCUCCACAGCACCUCCCAAACUCUGUGCAUGGUGCUCUUAUUAGUGCUGGUCAUGAAGAGCUUGGUGUUUGGUAAUUUUGCUGUCGUCAAUUGGGAACCCCCUCCUCCACCUCAGCUUCCCAAAUACCUGCGCUGCUAUCGAUGCCUCUUUGAGACAAAGGAGUUGGGGUGCCUUCUGGGAUCUGACACCUGCCUUGCCCCACGUGGCAGCAGCUGUAUCACACUCCACAUAAAGAACAGCAGUAGUACUGACAUCAUGGUGAGUGACUGCCGCCGCAAGGAACAGAUGAAUGACUGCUCAUAUACCCGAACAUCUCCAGUGUUUGGCUUCUGGAUAUACUCUCGAUGCUGCUUCCUGGAUUUCUGCAAUGACCCUCACAGCAGAGCGAUCUAUAACCCUUAG